AUGGUGGAAUCCGUGCUCAAUGACAUCUCGCACCGGAGAUACAACAUCCUGCGGGGUUCCUAUGUUCUAGUAUCCCCACAUCGAACCAAGAGACCAUGGCAGGGCCAACAAGAAUCCCCGUCCAAAAAGGCCCUCCCCGUUUAUGAUCCCAGCUGUUACUUGUGUCCUGGUAAUAAACGCGCGCAAGGCGACCAGAAUCCGCAGUACAAGAACACAUUCAUAUUCAUAAAUGACUACAGUGCAGUCAAGGAAGAACAGGCUGCUUACCAACCGGAGGUGAGGGAUGGCGACCUUUCAUCCCAAUUUUUCCAAGCCGAGCCUGUCACUGGCAGGUGCUACGUUCUCACAUUCUCCGCGAGCCACAAUCGCACUCUUGCAGAUCUUUCGCCGGCUGAGAUAAAGCUCAUUAUCGAUGCCUGGACGGAUCUAUACAUCUCACACCUCUCGCCCUCAUCUCCAUUAGCGGCGGCCGCUUCUCGCAUGCCCAUCUCACCAGAGUCACCCAUUUCCCAAAUACCAAUACCCAAAAAACAACUCCGCUACAUGCAGAUCUUCGAAAACAAAGGCGCCGCCAUGGGUUGUUCUAACCCGCACCCACAUGGGCAGGUCUGGACACUCAGCAGCCUUCCCGAGGAACUUACGUUGGAGCUAUCGCAGCUUCAGAAAUACCGGAAUGAAAACAGUGGCAGGCACAUGCUUGAAGACUACGCGAUGCUAGAGUCGCGAAAGCAGGAGCGUGUUGUAUUCGAGAAUGACCUGUUCCUUGUUCUUUGUCCGUGGUGGGCAAUUUGGCCCUUCGAAACGAUGAUAGUCAGCAAACAGCACAAACGCGCCCUUGUAGAUCUUACUGCCUCGGAAAAGCAGCUAUUGGCAGAGGCCAUCGCAGAAAUCACGAGGCGCUAUGAUAACUUGUUUGAGACACAUUUUCCAUACAGUAUGGGCAUUCAUCAAGCUCCGCUUUGUGGAUCGGAAGAGGAAUUCGAAGCCUCUCAUUUCCAUAUUCAUUUUUAUCCUCCAUUAUUGAGAAGUGCAUCUGUGAGGAAAUUUUUGGUUGGAUAUGAAAUGUUUGCGGAACCUCAGCGGGACAUUACCCCCGAACAAGCUGCGACCCGACUCAGGCAAUACGCAGGCCAGCUUUAUCGCGAUAAUUUAAAAGAGCUAUCUGAAUAA